CAGGUGGCCUCUGGGUUGCUGGGCACGGCGUUCUGCAGCUCGGUCUACGACCAGCUCCUGCCUCGUGUCGCACUGGAGGCGGGAGCGCUGGAGUCCUGGUACCUCGGGUGGCUGCCCGCGGCAUUCCCUUUGGCGGACCCGGCGUCCGACUUGUUCCUCUCCACGUAUCUGGGCGUCCGGAUAGACGCUUGCGGGGGCGCGGACGGCUUCGGCCUGCGGGACUCGUACAGGCUGCCUCUGCUGUACGGUUACACGUGCUUGAUUAUG